AUGCGGUUACGUAAUUUGUUAUCGUCAGAUUAUGUAAUCAGCAGUCACAAUAAGUCAAUAAGUGAGGAUUUUCGCUCUGCUCUCGAAAUACGUAGCCGCGCGUAAAAAGAAUGCCUGCGUCUGCAGUUGCAUGACAAUCUGCAAUCGGUCGAAAAUAAUAAGCAGGAGACGUUGGAAAUGGGUGGACACUUCUGGACGAGUCAAGCGUGCAAGAAGACACAGAGAGACAGUCUGAAGUCUGAGGUCAGGGAAAGAGGAUAGAGCGUGCUUAUCGUGCAUCGUCUCCAGCUACCUCACGGAAUCUACUUCUCCUCUUGCUUCUCCUUACCCACCAUCACUCUCCUCCCUAAUCUUUCCCUCUCUUUUUCUCACCUCCCGGCUUGCUUCGCAGCUUCCCUGUACUGCAAACGACUCAGCUGACGUUUGCGAAAAAAAAGCACGAGGGUCCAUGUGUUGCGAGACUCGUAUGUAUACGCUCGAGCUACGUCCGAUCUUGGUCGAGCUCUGCUAAUCUAGAUAAAAUACGCGAUCAUCAAAAAAUGAAGCAGCCAAUCUAUCUAAUUAAGCUCGAGAUUGUCCAUUGUACGAGUAUACUUUUACUAAAUAUUAUAGAGUGCAUAUUCGUCUCUUUUUUUAAUUUUUAAUAAAAUGCAUUUUUUUUAAAUGAUGUCGAAAGCACAGCUAGCCGUACCUUCAAACUUUUAACCGCCAAUGAUGCUUCAAAUGAUGUCAUAGAACCUUUGACGUAAUCGCUUCCUUGACCGAGCGAUUUUUGAGAGCUUCUGUCGACACUUGUAAGAUUUGUCAGAGUAAAGUUGAAACUUUAGAGCACUUAGCAGUAAAUUGUAUUGUGUAGAAAUAAGAAACAAUGCUAUAAAUCAAUUAUUGGGAAGAAAGAAUUUUGUUUAGUUGCAUGAAAAAAUUGUAAAGGACAUGGACGCAGAUAUAAUAACUUAAGUACGCAAAAAAUAUGAUACAGGCAAGUAUUUACGUGUCUUAAAACGACGUGCACAAGCUGUAGCAAUGUCGAUAGAAUGCAGUCUUUACGCGAAGGUAACAGAAUGCGCCAGGAAACGAAUUGCACGAGGAGCACGUCGAGUGGUGCGGCACAAUCUAGUAUUCCCAGUGCUAUUGCAGGCCCAAUGACCUGAUUGUGGCUGUUCGAAAAAUUUAUUUCCCUCCGUCACUAUUACUCAUCAAGGACUCAACUAUACUACUCAACUACAGUGGUCACAUUUUAUUAAUAAUUGGAACUUUGAACGUAAAGAUGAAAAAAAGAUAUCAAAGAUAAAAUUGAAUUUGAGAUAAUGGGAAAAAUUCUUCUCAUACGAAUCUUGAGAUAUCUCUGAAUACCUGAAGUAUAAUUAUGUAUGACAAGUUUAAAGUGAGUAUAUGUGUGUGCGAAUUGAAAAUAACUCCGCCCUCGAGAGAACUUAAUUAGAAGCGAAAUAAAAGUAUAAAGAUUGCAGAUACAAUUUUUUAAUCAUGUCAAGAUAUCGAUGGAAGCUGCACUCUCAAUAUAAUUAAUUGCGACUUCGCUAAUGAGACUGCUUGUUAUAAAUAGUGGCCACUCGACACUGUACGAGCGAGAUGAACACGUACCUUUCUAUUCGUGGCACAAUUUUCGGGGAUCGAUAUAUCGAUCGGCGUACUAGUGUCUUCAAAUAGCGGAGUAGUUAGCGCCUCUCUGUCAAAGAUUUUCAGGAGAACAGUGAGAAUGAGAAAUGAAGAAAAACAUGAUGCGCAUAUCUCUCUUCGUAUGCAACUACGAUUGCAAAUCUUUUGGAUUUAACAUAUUCGAUAAUAAACGUCUUUUAUUUAUUAUUACGUUGUAACUUUGUAGGAAAAUACAAUUUUUCAAUUUUUAAUAUUAUAUACACAAUAUAUCUUAUUUAGCAAGAAACAUCUAAUUACAGUUUUAAUUUAAUUUCAAAAAUGUCAUGAAAAUUAGAAAAAUUAUAUUUUCCGAAUAAAUAAGAUUUUUUGAACGUGUUUCUAGAAAAAGUCGUAAAAUAUUAAAGAGACAAAAUGCGAGAAGAUAAAGACAAAAUUAAUUAAUAAAUUUAAAAGAACUUCUAAAAUUUAACCUCGAACAGAGACACAAUGAAACUUGUAAAUGGGGCUAAUGACACAAACAAUAAGAUAGAAGAUUUUAAGAAUACAGAUGUGUGAUGACGACGACGCUGAUAUGCCGCAUUGGAGUAAAUUUGAGGGAUUGUAAACCAUGACACGGGCACAUCUUUACCCCGGAGGGAUUACCACCACCUCUCGGCCGAUCCAGCUCGCGAUACUCCAGAUUCUCCAGAUUCACAGCCUGUCGUCAUGUACGAGAGUUACCCCUUCUUUGCGCCGGUACUUGUUCCCUCUGUGCCUCUGUCAAGUGGAGGAGAAGCAGUCGCGGUUGGAAGGUAUUGCCGUUCCUGGUCCACCACCUUCGCAGCCACCACCACCUCCAUCGUCGUGGGGUUGGUGCCUAUACGCAACGAUGAGGAUUCUGCAGAUUUGACAAAGUCGUUUCAAGAACUCAGUCGUUGCUUGCCUGUCCUCGUAAAUUCGGGAUUACUUAUUAAGGAGCUCAUUCGCGCUUCCGAAUUAUCUCGAAAAUCUUCAUUUCCUUCUUCUUUCUCUCUUUCUUCUCUUGAGAAGUGUGUGACUUGUAUUCGUUUCCUUCCUACAUAUUUUUCUGUUUUUCUCUUUUGCUUUCUUUCUCGCUUCUCGUGUCGUUUCGAUCGUCGACUCAAAAAUGCGUUAAAGCACGACGGAUACACAUCCAUGGAGGAGAUACACGGAAGCGGCAUGUCUUCCGCGACGCUCUCAUCCGUUUUGCUUCUUCUACUCUUUGGUCGCGCCACGAAUGCCCAAAAAAGUUUAGAAUUUUUCGAUCUCCUGCCGGAAGAUCCUAAGUUGUACGAUAAAAUGAGACCUCCCAAGAAAGAUGGUCAACCAACUGUUGUAUAUUUUCACGUUACUGUGAUGGGACUCGAUUCCAUCGACGAAAAUUCAAUGACGUACGCCGCCGACAUUUUCUUUGCCCAAACAUGGAAAGACAAUAGACUCCGACUUCCGGAAAAUAUGACAUCCGAGUAUAGAUUAUUAGAGGUUGAUUGGUUGAAAAACAUGUGGCGGCCGGAUUCCUUCUUCAAGAACGCAAAAUCGGUGACUUUUCAAACAAUGACGAUACCAAAUCAUUAUCUGUGGCUGUAUAAGGACAAAACUAUACUUUACAUGGUGAAGUUGACUUUAAAACUUUCUUGCGCCAUGAACUUUCUGAUCUACCCUCACGAUACGCAAGAAUGUAAACUGCAAAUGGAAAGUUUAUCACAUACGACAGAUGAAAUGAUCUUUCAAUGGGAUCCUGAUGUUCCUCUCGUUGUGGAUGAGAAUAUUGAACUGCCUCAGUUACAACUCGUUAAAAAUUACACAGCUGAUUGCACGCAAGUCUAUUCCACUGGUAAUUUUACUUGUCUCGAGGUCGUGUUCGUUCUGAAACGACGUCUGGGCUAUUACUUAUUCCAUACCUACGUGCCAACGUGCUUGAUCGUCAUCAUGUCGUGGGUGUCAUUCUGGAUAAAACCCGAGGCCGCGCCCGCCAGGGUCACCCUGGGAGUCACCUCGUUGCUCACCCUGUCCACGCAGCAUGCGAAAAGUCAAGCCUCGUUACCGCCCGUCUCGUACUUGAAGGCCGUCGACGCCUUCAUGUCGGUUUGCACGGUGUUCGUCUUCAUGGCGCUGAUGGAGUAUUGUCUGGUGAACAUUGUCCUCGGCGACUCGGAUACACCGUCGGCGAAACCCACGCCGCCACCACCGCCACCAUCCUCGAGCACCGCAGAUUCGUCUAAGCUCGACAAGAUCUUCGACAUCGCUGCCAAGAAAUCACCAGCUGGCCCACCACCGGGACCAACUCCGGCCCAAAGGGCGCGAAUACGAGCACUGAACAUUGAUCGUUUCUCACGCUUUUUCUUCCCCUUUCUGUUCGCCGUGCUGAACGUCACCUAUUGGAUAAUCAAUUGUGAAAAUAAAAACGGAGGUGUUAUAGGAUCGGUGCAGAGAGGCGAUAUGUCACCUAUGGAGGUGAUGACAGAGCGUCAUAAUCGGCUAGGGCCGACCAUUCCCAAGUCAAGAGGAUCUCACGUGAAGAGACCACAUCCUUGCGAGCAAAGCUCGUGUUAUCCCGCAACCGGAAACUUGCUGAUCGGUCGUAAGGAUAAAUUGAGCGCCUCGUCGACGUGCGGCCUCUCCGGUCCCGAAAGAUUCUGCAUAGUUUCCCAUCUUAAGGAGAGAAAGAAAUGCUUCUUCUGCGACGCGUCGUUGUACAAGCAGCAGCACAAUAUCGAGAACAUUGUCAGCACACCAUUGAGAUGGUGGCAAGCCGAGAACGGAGUAGAGAAUGUCUCGAUACGCUUCGACCUGGAGGCGGAGUUUCACUUCACGCACAUCAUCAUUCGAUUCCAAACUUUCCGACCUGCUGCCAUGCUGAUCGAACGAUCGUACGAUUUCGGGCAGACCUGGCAAGUCUAUCGGUACUUCGCUCACAAUUGCGAGCACUAUUUCCCAAAUAGUUCUACUCAUCAACCCCAAAAAUUAACGGACGUCAUUUGCGAGACGAGAUAUUCUGCUGUGGCACCGUCCACUGGCGGCGAUGUAAUUUUCAGGGUGUUGCCACGAAACUUGGACAUUGACAAUCCGUACUCGAAGGAAGUGCAGAAUCUCCUAAAGAUUACAAAUCUCAGAAUCAACAUGACGAGGCUGCAUACCCUAGGUGACGAUUUGCUCGACGAUCGACCGGAAAUUCGCGAGAAAUAUUACUACGCCAUCCAAGAUAUGGUGAUUCGUGGAUCCUGCUCCUGCUACGGACACGCUUCCCGAUGUUUGCCAUUACCCGGGGUCGUCGACGAAGAUAACAUGGUCCACGGCAGAUGUGAGUGCACUCACAACACCAAGGGACUCAAUUGCGAGACAUGCGAAGACUUUUACAACGAUCUGCCGUGGAAACCCGCGGUGGGCAAACAGACGAACGCCUGUCGACCGUGCAACUGUAACAAUCACACCACUUCGUGUCACUUUGACGAAGCAGUUUACGAAAGAUCGGGAAGAGUGUCCGGAGGAGUCUGCGACGACUGUCAGCACAAUACGCGGGGCCAGAAUUGCGAACAGUGCAAACCGUUCUACUAUCACGACAUGACGAGAGACAUCUCCGAUAUAGAUGCUUGUCAACCCUGCGACUGCGACCUAGGUGGAUCCUUGGACGACGGCAUAUGUGACUCAAGAACGGAUCCUCUCAGUGGAGACGAGUCCGGACGCUGUCACUGCAAGGAAAACGUUGAAGGACGUCGUUGCGACCGUUGCAAAAACGGUUUCUGGAACUUUGAUCCCGACAGUUUCGAGGGCUGUCAAGCUUGUACCUGCAACAUUUUGGGCACCGUCGACAAUCAGGGCUGCAACGUGAUAACUGGCGAAUGCACGUGCAAGCGUUAUGUCACCGCACGCGACUGCAAUCAAUGUUUGCCGGAGUUUUGGGGACUCUCCGAGGAUCGGGACGGAUGCAAACCCUGCGAUUGCGACCCGGGUGGCUCCUACGAGAAUUCCUGCGAUGUUAUCACCGGCCAAUGUAGAUGUAGACCGCACGUCAGCGGAAGAACCUGCAAUCAGCCGGAACAAAGUUAUUAUACCGGCUCGCUAGAUUUUCUUAUUUACGAGGGAGAGUUAUCCAGAGCUACUGACAACUGUCAAGUGGUAAUCAGGGAACCUUAUCGUGACGGCAGGAAUAGCACGUGGACCGGGACGGGUUUCAUGAAAGCCCUCGAAGGCUCGGUAUUGAACUUCACUAUCGACGAUAUUCGCAGAUCUAUGUGGUACGAUGUCAUCUUGCGAUACGAACCGGUGCAUCCGGGAGUCUGGGAGGAUGUGCAAAUCAUUCUCGAGAGGGAUGGUCCGCCGGAUCCUGAUGGACCCUGUGCCGAUUGGAGACCUGACCAGGAUCGUUUGUGGACACAAUUGCCCUUACGUUCGAGAAGCGCUGUGGCACAACCAUCAGUAUGUCUGGAAGCGGGAAAACGAUAUAAUCUGCUGUUGCAACUCCGCAAAUUCACUAGCCACGUGGACACGCCUUCGGCCUCCAUCUUGGUCGAUUCGAUUGUUUUAAAACCGAAAAUAGAUGUGAUACCUUUCUUCAAAGUACCGGGUUUGGGCGAAUUACGUCGUCAGGAAUACGAACGGUAUCAUUGUAACGAGUUCUUUAACGACGUCAACAAAGUGUGGAGUAACUUACCCGACAUCUGCAAAAAGUAUCAGAAUAGCAUCGGCUAUUACGUUUUCGAUGGUGCUCAUUCUUGCGAGUGCAACCCGACGGGCUCCCGCAGUCUUCUGUGCGAGAACUACGGCGGAUUGUGUCCGUGCAAGCCGAACGUGGUCGGCAGACGUUGCGACCGCUGCGCGCCAGGAACAUAUGGAUUCGGGCCCGAGGGAUGCAUCCCUUGUGACUGCGACGGCGUCGGCGCCCUCGACAAUUUCUGCGACGUCGAGACUGGCCGGUGCAAGUGCCGGCCCAACACCUACGGCAGAACUUGCGGCCAGUGCGAGCCCGGUUUCUGGAACUUCCCGCACUGCCAACGCUGCGAGUGCAACGGACACGCGGACAGCUGCGACUCUAAGACCGGAGCUUGCAUCAAUUGUCGAGAUUACACCACCGGACACAAUUGCGACCGCUGCGUCGACGAUUUUUACGGCGACCCGCGAAUCGGCGUGGAUAUACCUUGCAGAGCGUGUCCCUGUCCAGGUACUCGCGAAUCCGGUCAUUCCUACGCCAACAGUUGUUCGUUGGACUCUAUAACGCAGGAUGUGGUGUGCGAAUGCUUCGACGGAUACUCCGGCCCCCGAUGCGAACAUUGCGCUGAAAAUUUCUACGGUGAUCCGGAAAUACCCGGCGGUAGCUGCGAGUUGUGCAACUGCAACAAUAACACCGAUUUACGUCGACCCGGUAACUGCGACCCGCACACCGGUCAUUGUCUCCAGUGUCUGUUCUACACCGAUGGUCACGACUGCGAGAUCUGCAAAGCCGGAUUCUACGGAGACGCCCUUCAACAAGACUGUCAAGACUGCAGAUGCAACGUCCUGGGCACCGACAAAACCGCGGGACCGUGCGAUCAUCGUACCGGACAGUGUCCGUGUUUGCCACAUGUCAUAGGACAGCUUUGCGAUUCCUGCGAGGAGAAUCACUGGAAGAUAGCCAGCGGACAAGGCUGCGAUCCUUGCGAGUGCGAUGCAGUCGGAAGCGUUUCAGACAGAUGCAACCCCUUCGACGGAACUUGCGAGUGCAGGCCAGGAUUCGGCGGCAGACGAUGUAAUGAAUGUCAGGCAAAUUUCUGGGGCAACCCGAACGUGGAGUGUUAUCCGUGCGAAUGCGACGUGAUCGGCUCCGCCAGCCAGCAGUGCGACAGAGAGAACGGAUUGUGCGUUUGUCACAAGGGGAUCGGUGGCGAAAAGUGCGACCAGUGCGAUCGCGGUUAUCACGGCGAGGCACCGCAGUGCAGUCCAUGCGGCGAGUGCUUCGAUAAUUGGGAUCUGAUUCUGGACGGUCUCCGAAACAAGACCAACGCCGUCAUCCAGGAGGCUUCGAGGAUACAGAAAGUCGGCACGACCGGGGUCUACAGUCAGGAGUUCGACGACAUGGAGGAGUCGUUGAACGAGGUCCGGAAUUUGAUCGGCAACACCACCAUCAGGACCCAAGACUUGGACGCAUUGGGCGACCUCGCCGAUGAGUUAGUGGAUGAUAUCUCCAAUUCGUCGAUACAAUUGAACGAAGCGAACAAUCUCUUGGAGUCUCUCAAUCAGCGUGUCAAUCUCGCAGACGUCGCGCUGAAGAAUAUGCGAAACAGGACCAACAGUCUGCACGAAACCGCCGCGGAUCUACGGGAGAACGCCACCAGAUUGCAGGAGGAGAACGUGCAGGGUGCCCUGAACGUGACCCAACAGAUGGCCGAGCAGUCCAGGCAGGCCGAGAAAAUGGCGAACGACACCAGCAACGUACUGGCAGACGCGGAGCGUUUCCGCAAGCACACCGAGAACCUUUUGGCGAAGAAUCGCGCCUCUGUAGACGAAGCGCAAGAGAGGAACAAGGAGUCGUUGACGAAGCUGGACGAGAAGCUGAAGACGUUCAGUACGAAUAUACCUGAACUAAAUCUGCAGAUGUGCGGCAGCAAUGAGACGGAUUGUAGUGUCGUUUGCGGUGGUGCGGGUUGCGGCUUCUGCGGAGGUUUGUCUUGCGACGUCGGCGCGGUUAGCAAAGCCAAUCAGGCUCUGGAUGUCGCCAAACAGCAGGCUGCUAAGAUCAAGAGCCACAAAGACGAGGCCGAGCAGCUGUUGCGUAAUAUGAGUCAGAUCAAGCAAGACGCGACAGCGGCGAGAUCCAACGCUCAAGAUGCCUUCAACUUCGCGUGGGACGCGCGCAAUCGGUCGGACAAGAUCACCAAGGAUCUGUCCGAUAUAACAAAGCGUAUUUGGAGCACUCUGGACGAGGAUCAGCCCACCCCGGCUAUGGUGAGAGAUCUCGCGUACGAAGUGCUAGGGAAGAACAUUCAGCUGGAGCCGGACGAAAUCACGCGAUUGGCCGAUCGCAUCAAAAGUAUCGUCGGUUCGCUCACCGACUCCGAGAAGAUACUCGCCGAUACCGAAGACGAUCUUCGUCUGGCUCACAAUCUCAAGGAACGCGCUAAUAGCGCGAAGGAGACUGCCCUGGAGAAACAGGUUUUAGCAAACAAGGUGACUCUGCUGUUGAACGACGCGCAGACGGCUCAACAUCUGGCGCAGAACGCAAUCGACAAGGCGGAAGCCGACGUGUCCAAGUCUCAGAAAGACCUGGCGGACAUCGCCGAGCUGACAAAGGCCGCGCAGAUCCAAGCCAACAGCACCACCCACUCGGUUGACGCCCUGGACGGUCGUCUGAAGCAGCUGCAGACGCAAUCGGCGAAAAACGGCUUUGUGCUGACGGAGAUCGGCGUGGAAGCGAAGAAGGUCGCCAACGAGGCGCAGCUGAUCGACGGUAAGACGAAGAAACUCGCGGAGGAGUACAAGAGAGCGGACGAGUCGCUCAAUCAGAGGGUGAACAAGAGCAAGGGCGACAUUUCGCGCGCAAAGAGGCUCUUACAGAGAGCCUCCGAGCUGACGGCGGACACGUCGACCAAAUCCAAAGACUUGGACGGCAUGGAGGGCGUUUACAAGGAUAACGAGCGACUACUGACAGAUCUGAUGAACGAGGUCGACGCGCUCACGAUGGAAAUGGAGAGACACCUGGCGGAGAUCGAGCGAAAAUCGCACAGACAGUGUUACGCUUGAAACGAUUUGUCGCAAUUAGUAACGGGAGUAUUUUAGUCUAUUACGUAUCUCUCGAAUGAAUUUCGUCUGUAAAGCAUCCGGAUACGUGCGAUAACGACGUGGCUAUAUUGUUUUCUCUCAGUCAUUAUUAUAUAUUUAACACACCGACGUCCCUCGGCGAUAUAAAAUCGCUCGCUUUACAGGCGAGAUCCUUUCCAGUCCACUUCUUAUUAUUGCGAGAAAUUUUUAAAUCUUUAUAAGAGAUCGGUGCUUUAUACUUGUGCAAUAACUAUGGUUUUUACUCCAAUUUUUAUAUAAACAGAUGCGCAUAUUGCAUAUACAUAUUAUAUACUGUAUAUUACAUAUACAUAUAUAUUGUAUUGCAAUUGCAAGUUAUAUUCUGCGAGAGGUAAAGAGAGAUUAUUAGUGCCAUAAAUGUAAAUGGAGGGGCCAUUAGUAGUUGUAAAAAAAUUGAUUCGUACAUGUAUCAGUUGCAAAAUAUGUCGCUUUGAAGCGAUAAUCGCAAGACGCUACUUCCUCUAUUUUCAUUAGCUUCGUUAAAUUUUCAAAUCCCUCUUUAGCAAACUUUCUAUAUCUUCACAUCAUAAUAACAACAUUUUUUUACCUUUAUAUACAUUCUAUGUCCAUUGAUCUAUGUAUACGUUAUUUUAUAUUAUACUUGGUACUUAAACGAGAAAUAAACUGCAGCGAAGUAUUCCAUAGAUGGUACAGUUAAGAUAGGAGUGUCCCACGUAAUGUAAAUAACUAAAAUAAAUAUAACGCAGAAUUCAGAGAUAUAUCCAUAUAAA